AUGGGGGUGGUUGAUGCGAAGCAGGUCAAGCCUGAGAAGCGAAUUGGGAGCAUUGUGGCCCCCGCGGCCGCGGCUACACAGAAAUCAGGUGGACGUCGGCCUAUGCCGCAUGCGUCCGUUUGGUAUGUGGAGCUGUGCACUGUCAAAGCCGGGACGGAAACUACUUCGAGUUGCGGAGACUGUCCACGCUCGCUGUCGAGGCCUGAGAGAAACAUGGCUUAUCGCCACAAGGUGGGCAGUCCCAUGGCAGGCAAAGCAGGCAAUAGCCUUACAGGCGCGUCGACGCUGGGGUGGGGGUCGCAGUGGUUGUGGUCGUGCAGUCCCAUUUCUGUCAUCAGCGGUGUGUGUGCUCAAACGACCAUGGGGUCCCUACAUUCCACUCACUCUUCGCAAAGACGGUCUGCAUCAAUGGCUCAAUCGAACCUGCAAUGUCGCCAGCGACCAGGUCUGGCGAGCGAAGCAUUUGAUACAGCAUUUGUCACUUCGUGGGGAUCCGACGUACCUGCCCCGAGUCACACGUGGAUAAGGCUUCUUCUGGUAUCCUGUGCUUAA